AUGGCAUCCUCCUCUUCCGCUCCUGUUGAACCUGAUAGACGUGCCAAAGCUUUACAAGAUUAUCGCAAGAAAUUACUCGAACAUCGUGAAGUCGAAGCAAAUGUUAAAGAACUUCGCCUUGGUCUUCGUGAUCUUGAAAAACAAUAUAAUAAAACAGAAGAUGAUAUCAAAGCAUUGCAAAGUGUCGGACAAAUAAUUGGUGAAGUUUUAAAACAGUUGGAUGAAGAACGAUUUAUUGUAAAGGCUUCAUCUGGUCCAAGGUAUGUUGUUGGAUGCAGAAAUAAAGUUGAUAAAGAGAAACUUAAACAAGGAACAAGGGUGGCUUUGGAUAUGACAACAUUAACCAUUAUGCGUAUGUUACCGAGAGAAGUUGAUCCAUUGGUUUAUAAUAUGAGCUUAGAAGAUCCUGGUAAAGUAAAUUUUGCAGGUAUUGGUGGCCUUGGCGAACAAAUCCGAGAACUUCGAGAAGUAAUAGAACUACCACUUAUGAACCCGGAGCUUUUUAUUCGCGUGGGAAUCAAGCCGCCAAAGGGAGUUUUACUGUAUGGGCCACCUGGUACUGGCAAAACACUUUUAGCUCAAUAUUAUCGUUCUAUUGUAGUUCGCCUUGGUCUUCGUGAUCUUGAAAAACAAUAUAAUAAAACAGAAGAUGAUAUCAAAGCAUUGCAAAGUGUCGGACAAAUAAUUGGUGAAGUUUUAAAACAGUUGGAUGAAGAACGAUUUAUUGUAAAGGCUUCAUCUGGUCCAAGGUAUGUUGUUGGAUGCAGAAAUAAAGUUGAUAAAGAGAAACUUAAACAAGGAACAAGGGUGGCUUUGGAUAUGACAACAUUAACCAUUAUGCGUAUGUUACCGAGAGAAGUUGAUCCAUUGGUUUAUAAUAUGAGCUUAGAAGAUCCUGGUAAAGUAAAUUUUGCAGGUAUUGGUGGCCUUGGCGAACAAAUCCGAGAACUUCGAGAAGUAAUAGAACUACCACUUAUGAACCCGGAGCUUUUUAUUCGCGUGGGAAUCAAGCCGCCAAAGGGAGUUUUACUGUAUGGGCCACCUGGUACUGGCAAAACACUUUUAGCUCGUGCGGUAGCUAGUACACUCGAAACAAAUUUUUUAAAAGUGGUCUCAAGUGCUAUAGUAGAUAAAUAUAUCGGAGAAAGUGCCAGGUUAAUUAGAGAAAUGUUUGGGUAUGCUAAAGAUCAUGAACCUUGUAUUAUUUUUAUGGAUGAGAUUGAUGCAAUUGGAGGAAGACGAUUUUCAGAAGGAACCAGUGCAGAUCUGGUCUCAAGUGCUAUAGUAGAUAAAUAUAUCGGAGAAAGUGCCAGGUUAAUUAGAGAAAUGUUUGGGUAUGCUAAAGAUCAUGAACCUUGUAUUAUUUUUAUGGAUGAGAUUGAUGCAAUUGGAGGAAGACGAUUUUCAGAAGGAACCAGUGCAGAUCGUGAAAUACAAAGGACUCUAAUGGAGCUUCUUAAUCAAAUGGAUGGAUUUGAUUACCUAGGACAGACUAAACUAAUUAUGGCCACCAAUAGACCAGAUACUUUAGAUCCAGCAUUGCUUCGACCUGGACGUUUAGACAGAAAGAUAGAGAUCCCUUUGCCAAAUGAACAAGGGCGUCUUGAAAUUUUAAAAAUCCAUUCAGCUCCUAUCACUAAGCAUGGUGAAAUUGGUAUGUCUUAA